UGUUGCGCCACCUCAUGGCGCGCGCGUCCGAACACCAAUCACCCUUCAAAAUCCUUCACACGUUGACCGUUGACGCCACGAACUGUUCAAUGUCGGCAUGUAGAAACCUUCUCCAAAACCCGUGUUCGUGUACGCUUAAAAUCCAGCACCAUUGCUGAGAGUCGAGCCAUUGCUGAUAGUUCAGUUGCGCCAUGAAGUCCGGGAAGGGCGCGGACGGCGGCGAGCCCAACGAAGACGGCGGCGAGAUGAUGUUAAAGACCCACAGCGCGCCGCCGACCCUCGAGAUCGUCGAGCACCGCGUCGUCGGCGGUCUAGGCAGCGGAGGCGGCGGGUCGACAUCCUUCAACCAGCCGUGGCGGGAGAUGACUCCGGGGAGCGGCAGCGGCCAUGGCGGCAGCUCGGGCAGGAGAGGCGGCCGGGAGCCGCCGGAGAAGCGGCUGACGCUCUUCGCGCUCCGGCUGGCCGUCCUCGAGAAGGCGGCUAGCGGGCUCGGGAAGCUAGACUUCGCGUGGGCCACCGUCGUGCUCCUCGGCGGCUUCGCCAGCGACCUCAAGAUCACCGACUUCUGGUGCAUCACCGUCAUCCUCGUCGGCGAGGGCGCGCGCGUCUUCAGCCGCAGCCACGAGCUGGAGUGGCAGCACCACGCCACGCUCACCUCCACCGCCGGCAACGCGCUGCGCACCAGCUCCCGCUUCUUCCACCAUGUCGCGCGCGCCAUCUUCAAGCCGCGGACCACGGCCGCGUCGCUGGCGCGCGUCAGGGCGGUGCAGUUCCAGCGCCAGAUCGUGGGCAUGAUGAAGCAGCGGACCUGGCACGCGCCCGAUGUGCCGCUGCUCCCGUACACCGGCUGGGUCUUCGUCUCCAAGAAGAUCAGCUGGCUGCUCAACUGGCUGCAGGUGCUCUCCGCCUUCGCCUGCGUCGCGCUCUCCGUCAUGCGCCUCUGGAAGCAUGACUUCGAAGACCAAGGCAAAGACAACAUGCGGCCGGCGCUCCUGCUCUUCUACACCUUGGCCCUGCUCGAGGCGUCGCUCUUCCUGCUGGAGAAGGUGUACUGGUGGUGGAAGAUGUCCGUCUGCAAGCUGCUCGACCAGGUCAGCGGCGAGUGCGAGCUCGGCCCCUACGGCCUCGUCUCUCUCAAGCGCUUCUUCUACGACGCCUACUCGCAGUGCAUCGACGGAAGCAUCUUCGACGGCAUCAAGAUGGACCUCGUCACCUUCGCCGAGGACCUCAUCCUCUCCGACUUCCUCGACGAGCAGCUCAUCGGCGUGCGCAUCCUGCAGCAGCUCGCCACCAGCAAGGGCUCCGCGCGUGAUACGCUGCGCAAGCUCGGCACCAACCCGCGCUCCAUCGAGCGGGUCGUGGAGAUGCUCAACUGGAGGCGGCCUGAUGAGGAGGAGGUGCGCCAGUGCGCCGCAGAAGUCGUGUCCAAGCUCGCCGGCAAGCGCCAGAACGCGCUACGCGUGUCGGGCAUCCCGGGCGCCAUCGAGUCCAUCAUGUCCCUGCUCUACACCGGCCGCGGCGCGCCCACGUCCUCCACCAUCACGACCAAGGGCGCGGCGGCCGCCGAGGCCGACCGGAUGUACGACUACCUGCAGUUCAACCUCCUGGGCUUACGCAUACUGAAGAAGCUCGCGAGGGACCACGACAACUGCGGAAAGAUCGGCAACGCCCGCGGCCUCCUCGCCAAGAUCGUCGAGUUCUCGCAUGCGUCGCAGGCUCUGCUCCUCAACCCGAGCGCCACGGACUCUCAGGUACGCGCCGUGAAGCGCGCGCUCCAGGUGAUCAAGAUGCUAGUGUACACGACGGGGGCCACGGGCAAGACCCUCCGGCGUGACGUCGCCGAGAACGUGUUCACGGUGAGCAACCUCCGGGGAGUCCUGCAGCACGGCCACCAGCACAUGGAGCUGCAGAAGCUGGCCAUGGACAUCCUCACGGGGAUGGCAAUGGACCAGAGGGCCAACGAGACCAUCGCGGGUACCGGAGGGGUGGUCAAGCUGCUGCUGUCGAUAUUUUUCAACGCUCAGGAGCUCGAGCUCGGCCGCGAGGCCGGCGAGGCGCUGGCGAUGCUGGCCUUGGAGAGCGAGACGAGCUGCUCGGCCAUCCUCAAGGCUAGGUCCGACGUGAUCGAUCCGCUCGUGUCUGCGGUGGAGAGCCACGACGCUCGAUGCCUGAACGCGAUGAGGCUGCUCCGCAACCUGUGCGCUUACUCGGGAGAGGAGCAUCGGACGCGCCUGAGUGCGGUCACCAAGGCCAUGCCGGCGGUACUGAGAGCCACCAUGACGGGACACAGCAAGAUCCUGGAAGUUUCCGUCGGCCUGACGACGCAGAUCUGCCAGUUCAUGGACGGCGACAAGUUCGCCGCCGAGCUUCGAGGCGCCGGGCUGGACAUGCGCGCCUACGUGCAGCGGCUGGCCGGCAUCCUGCGGCAGUACAAGUACCCCGAGGUCACUGUGCCCCGGAUGCGGCGCUUCGUGGUACAGCAGGUCAUCUGCCUCAUGAAGAGCUCGCCUCGACGAGGCGGCGGCGGCUUCGGGGAGCUGCUCCGGGACCGGGAGCUCGGGAUGGAGCGCCUGCUCGAGGCCAUCGCCGACACCACGUCGGAGGUCGAGUGCUACCACGUCUUCUCCGGCAGCGUCCCAAUCAGCAGGCACCGGGAGAGCUUCUCCGCCAUCGUCGAGACCGCGCUCCACCUAGUCGCUGCUGGUGGUGGAGGAUCAUCGGAAGGGAGCUUCGGCUGAUGAGUCAAACGAAAAGAUUUGCGAUCACGCAAUGCGAUCCAUCAGUAAAUGAAGUUGAGCAGUCCUUUUUUGCUUGCAUGGCAGAAAUAUGUUCUUUAUCACAGAAGAAUUGUCCCAUCACCGUCAACAUGAUGGGGUACGAGAAGUACAUAGAAAACGAGAGAUUAGAGAGUUCAAUUUGUAUAGUUCAAAAAAAUGCAUAGUUUCAGGAUGACAUAGGAUAUGCCACAGGUGUCAAUGUGAUGGGGUACAUCACUUUAUCAGGAAUUCACACGGGUAUACCUUCGAUCCAUACUACUUGUCCUUGUGAUACUUCUCAUGCUGUUAACAUCCUCCACUGUUUUCUUUCUCAAAUUUGUAUAGCUUC